AUGGCAUCAUCAGUUGCUGAGAGCUCUUUCCCUCUCUUGUGUCAAAUCAAGAGCCAGCGUCGCGUCACUUCCUCUACGCUGAGGAAUUCGAGUCUUGUCCGAGUCUCGUCUCCUGAUCUCGCUUCUGGGUCGCUGUCAUUUCGUCGCCGGAGCUUCGUCCUCGGACAUCGAUGGAAGUCUGCGAGGUGCGUGGAAGCUACGGGCCCAGAUGCGAGUGGGGAUGAUGAGCAGGAAGAUGCGCUUCAAGCUACCAUCGACAAGAGCAAGAAGGUUCUUGAUAUGCAAAGAAACCUUCUUCACCAGAUUGCUGAAAGAAGGAAGCUGGUCUCAUCUAUAAAAGAGAGCACUCCUAGCUUGGAUGAUGCAAAACCUUCUGCCAAAGAAGAGGCAAAUACUACUACUGAUGCUACUAAGAAAGAUAAGAUGGAUGGAGACGGGAACGGUAGUGUUAGCUCAAGCAGCUAUGGCAAGUCAUCUCUGAACAAAGAACCAGAAGCUAAAACUUUACCUCUCAGUACCACGCCCCUGAAGAGCAGCACACAAAGCUCAGCGUCUGCAAAAUCUUCUUCCCCGGUAACCUCUCCUGAGAUAGAGAAACCAUCCGGUGUAGCCAAUAAUGGGAAGCCUUGGUCUAGCGUAGUAGCCUCCAGUGUAGAUCCUCCUUAUAAAUCAUCUUCUACUGCAACCUCAUCGAAGAAAACUCAUGAUCCUGAAACUUCCCCUGGAAAUCCGAGUAAAUCUCCCGCUGGUGCAUUUUGGUCAGACCCACUACCGUCUUACCUGACUAAAACCCCUGAAACAUCAAGUAUAAAGACAGAGGAGUACAUGGAAACAAAAGAGGAAAAAAUACACGAAGAAGCCAGAAGUGAUACUAAUGAACCUUCGAAGGACGAAGAGAAGCCGCCUCCACUUGCUGGAGCAAAUGUCAUGAAUGUGAUACUGGUAGCAGCAGAGUGUGCUCCAUUUUCCAAAACAGGUGGCCUUGGAGAUGUAGCUGGCGCUUUGCCAAAGGCUUUGGCUCGGCGUGGACAUAGGGUUAUGGUUGUGGUUCCUCGGUAUGCAGAGUAUGAAGAAGCCAAGGAUGUAGGUGUACGGAAGAGAUAUAAGGUGGCCGGGCAGGAUAUGGAAGUAAUGUACUUCCAUGCAUAUAUUGAUGGCGUGGAUUUUGUUUUCAUCGAUAGCCCUGUGUUUCGGCAUCUGAGUAGUAAUAUUUACGGUGGAAAUCGACUCGACAUCUUAAAGCGGAUGGUUUUAUUUUGCAAGGCCGCUGUCGAGGUUCCUUGGUAUGUUCCUUGUGGAGGUGUUUGUUAUGGAGACGGAAAUUUGGCUUUUAUAGCAAAUGAUUGGCACACUGCUUUACUUCCUGUCUACCUGAAAGCCUAUUACCGAGAUCACGGUUUAAUGAAAUACACACGUUCUGUUCUUGUAAUCCAUAACAUUGCUCACCAGGGUCGAGGACCAGUAGAUGACUUCUCAAACGUGGAUCUACCGGGCCAUUACUUGGAUAGCUUCAAGCUGUAUGAUCCUGUGGGAGGUGAGCACUUCAACAUUUUCGCAGCUGGUCUUAAAGCUGCGGAUAGAGUUCUCACUGUUAGCCAUGGAUAUUCCUGGGAGGUUAAGACCUUAGAAGGAGGUUGGGGUCUGCAUAACAUCAUAAAUGAAAAUGACUGGAAGUUUAGAGGAAUUGUGAACGGUAUCGACACAAAAGAGUGGAACCCAAAAUUUGAUCUGCACUUGCACUCUGAUGAUUACACAAACUUUUCCGUGGACACUCUUAACAUUGGUAAACCCCAAUGUAAAGCUGCAUUACAGAAAGAGCUCGGUUUACCUGUUCGACCUGAUGUUCCUCUGAUCGGUUUCAUAGGAAGAUUGGAUCACCAGAAAGGUGUUGAUUUGAUAGCUGAGGCGGUUCCAUGGAUGAUGAGUCAGGAUGUUCAGCUGGUUAUGUUAGGCACAGGGAGACCGGAUCUUGAAGAAGUCCUCAGACAGAUGGAGCAUCAAUACAGGGAUAAAGCACGAGGAUGGGUUGGUUUCUCGGUUAAAACAGCUCACAGGAUAACAGCUGGUGCAGACAUUUUGCUGAUGCCUUCGAGAUUCGAACCGUGCGGUCUAAACCAGCUUUAUGCGAUGAACUAUGGAACAAUUCCGGUGGUGCAUGCAGUGGGAGGGUUGAGGGAUACGGUUCAACAGUUUGAUCCGUAUAGUGAGACUGGUCUUGGAUGGACAUUUGACAGCGCGGAAGCAGGUAAGCUGAUUCAUGCUUUAGGAAACUGUUUGUUGACGUAUAGAGAGUAUAAGGAGAGUUGGGAAGGGCUCCAGAGAAGAGGGAUGACCCAAGAUUUGAGUUGGGAUAAUGCUGCAGAGAAGUAUGAAGAAGUUCUUGUUGCUGCCAAGUAUCAAUGGUGA